AUGGAAUACUACUCUAGCUCGCAAUACUUGGUGUAUAUAGGAAUUCUCGACUUCGUCAAUUUAGGUCACUCCGACGUCUAUGUGGAUCUCUCCCGAAAAUUUGACUCCAUUUUUACGGCAAUUAUAGUGACUAGUAGUAUGGCAAGAGUGUAUAACUGGGCCCGACCUCAGCAGUGUUGA